AUCAGACUAUCUGACUAACUUUAAGGCUCCAAGAAACAACUUUUUAAGGGAUCGAGAGUUCAACCUCUGCUCCAGCGUUCAGAGUUUCACUUUUGGGCCACUUUUUCCUGCUUCUGUCAAGAUGGAUUCUGAUGCUGGUUCCACCUGCAGCCGCUCUUCCUCCCCAGACUUGGUGGUGGAUGACCCCGCGGGGACCUUCUUCUCCAACAAGAUGUUCCAGACGUACUGCCAAAAGAACAGAGUGGACAGCGAGGCCGGACCGGGCCGAAUGGAGCACUGCAGCGGCGGUAAGAGCAAAACCCGAUCUGAGCUCAGCAAAGAGGAGGUGCAAGACCUGAGACUGAAAGUCAACAGUCGCGAGAGGAAGAGGAUGCACGACCUGAACCAGGCGAUGGACGGUCUGAGGGAGGUGAUGCCCUACGCCCAUGGCCCCUCCGUCCGCAAACUGUCAAAGAUCUCAACCUUGCUGCUGGCCCGCAACUACAUCCUGAUGCUGUCCAACUCUCUGGAGGAGAUGAAGAAGCUGGUGGUCGACGUGUACGGAAGCGGCGCUGCCGCGCAGAGCCGCGCGGCCGCCCAUCCCGCCAUCGCACCUGCAGCUCCGACCCCCCACCUGUCUCUGCAUCCUCUGUCCCAAAGUCUCCACUCUCUGGUGGGCAGCGCGCCCUCCGCUCUUCAGCAUCACGCACCCCCCGCGUCUUCCGCCCCGGCUUCACACUCGCCUCCAUCUACGAGCUUCUUGGGAUUCCACGCUCCGGUGCAGGGCCUUCUGAAGGAGCCCCUCCACCUGAGCAGCUCCUACAGGCACUUUCCCGGCAUGCCCUGUCCCUGCUCCCUCUGCCAGCCGUUGCCCACCACUACCUCUACACUGCACAGCCUGUCUAUGAACAAGUGAGCGGGACUGUUCCAAUCACUGCAGCAAAAAACAGCACAAGACAAUUUUUAAAGGAACUGAUGAAGUGAUGGCCGGGGCCACAACUUGUACAUAAUGUAAAUACCUUUGCCAUCUGCUGCUAUUUUGUAUGAACUCUCCUUUCUGCAUUGUUUAUGCAAAAGUUCUAAAUGCACAUAGGAUUUUAUCAGCGUAGCAAAGAUUGUAAUUUAUCUGAUAUUU